AUGGUGCAGGAUCAGCCGCCUCCUGCAGCUCUUCAGACGUGUAUGCAGUCCACCACCCGCUGGUUUCAGCUCGUCAUGUUUUUCGCCUUUGUAGUGGCUCUUGUGCUGGCCAUGAGCAGUUCUUACGACAACUUGAGUCCUGGUCUCAUAUGGGGUGGCUUACUCUCAAUCUUUUCUGUCUUUUUUGUCAUCUUGUCGUACGCCAGUGUACCCAGUUACCGUCAGCACCCAAAUCCGCUCGUGUUUUGGCGCACCAUCGCAGACGCCGUCUUUGUAAUGCAGCUCAUGGCACAGCAGUUUGUACGCUGUCUCUUCUUUGGCUGUGUUCCACUCUGCAACAGCACCAAUCUACAAUGUGGUUGCAGCACUGACACUGUCGCUAGCUCUACAUGCGACGCGUUUGCCGGUCUUUUCGAGUUCACGUUGCUUGCCUCCGAGUGCUGGUUCUUUUGUAUGACGGCCAAUCUGCUCAUGAGUCUCACGAACCCCUUUACGGACUUUAAACGGAACACGAGAAUGUUCCAUCUCGGCUCGUGGUUGGUGCCGUUCGUUUUUAGCCUCCUGCUCAUGAAUAUAGACGACUGGGCUGGAUACUCGGAUCUUGGUGUGUGCUGGACCAAUGCGCUGAAGAAUUUGGAGGCUGACGACAUGGCCAUCUGUCCUGUUGGAUACGAAGUCACGGAUAAUUUUUCCAAUGACUAUAAGGCCGUGAACGCCAACAUAAUUAGCUGGCUCUUCUUUUACAUCUGGAUGGGACUAUUCAUUAUUUUCGGCAUUGCCGUCUGGGUCUGGGCCUGGAAGAGGCUAAGUGAAGGCAUGCCCGAGACGUACGCGGUUCGAGUACAGAGCAUCCAUCGUGCCAGGUUUAAUGUGUUUGCAGUGACGUUCUACUGGAUUAUUGUAGUAAUCGUUUACAUCAAGUUCUUGUCCCGCGACCGCUCAAAACCGGAUAAGUCGAGCGAGCUCUUGAAUUUUCUUAUUGCGGGGAAAGGAUACCUUGAUCUGGUCAUUUGGUUCGCGUUGAACGAUUUUCACGUUGCACACUUUACGCGGUGUCUUGGAGAGAAUACAGACGAGAUUGACGUGGAUCUGAACCCGCAGGUGAAUGCGGCGUUGCGUCGAGAAGUGCUUUUCUACACCACGUCGGGUAUUAUUCAGGCUGUGCAGGCUGCAGAGCGUUUACCAGCGUCACAACGCAUCCAGCACUUGGCCUUGCUGCCACAGAUCAAGGCCAGUAGCAUUCCAGCUGCUGCGGCGUUCACUGCAGUUCCUGUUAGUGAGAGUGACAAUGUUGCACACCCAUCAGCAGCUGAUGCAGCUUAUCGCCAGCAGAUGCCGGCUGAUGGCGAACGCGAAGGAACAAAUGGUGCAACUGCUUUUGACGAGAACAUGCGUGUGGCUAAGAAUUCGCCUCGUACUAAGACAUUCCAUGACUACGAACCUCACGCAUUUAAGAAGAUUCGUGAACGAUUUGGUGUCAACAACGAUGCUUACUUGCAGGCGCUUUCGGCCACGGCCAAGGAGCGUCUGAGUGAAGGUGCAAGUGGAGCCUUUAUGUUUUUCUCAGCCGAUGGUUCUCUUAUCGUGAAGAGUACGAGCAAGGAAGAAUGCUCGUUUCUGCGCAGCAUUGCUCAGGACUAUGCCGAUUACCUGUGCGCUAACCCUCGCUCCCUAUUACUGCGCUUCUAUGGCUGUCAUUGUCUUGAGUUGUACGGCAAACAGUUCUCAUUUGUCGUCAUGGCGAAUCUUUUCGAUACCGACCAGGUAAUCCACUCACGUUAUGACAUUAAAGGCUCGUGGGUGAACCGCCACGGCGACCUGCCGAAGCGUGGCAAAAAGGUGACAUGUCGUCAUUGCAACCGCAAGUAUAUGUAUCAGAACUCAGCCCCCGAGAAUGCCAACUGCACGGUUCGGCUCGGGGGGCACGAGCCAAAUGUGGUGUUAAAAGACUCGGACCUUACACAGAAACUUAAUCUCGAUCGUGAUGUGGCACUGGAUCUGUAUCAGCAGCUCUGCGCUGACUCACAGCUACUAUGCUCUUUUGGUAUUAUGGACUAUUCGCUACUGAUGGGUAUCAACGAAGUCGAGUAUGUGGUGGAUGAAAACGACACAAUCGACGAAUCUGAUGUGACCAACACACCGCUCCAGUCUAAUGUACAAGGCACGAAACCUGGAAGCAAUCUGCAACGGUCUUCAGUAUACAAUCCGUUUACUGAAAAUUCGAUGAUGGACUCACGCAGUGGCGGUGCGCAGAAUUUGGCAAGAUCGAAGAGGCCAUCUGCAGUGCAGGCUACAUUUUCGAAGCCUCUGCGCCACGCAAGCGUAUCAUCGAACGUUGGGUUUCACAACACCCGCUCGGCGCUCGGCGAGCCAGUGAUGCAGCGAAAGGCGUCAAAGCCGCCUGAAUAUUCACACACCCCGAGCCGCAAAGGGCGUGUUGAAAGUACUACGUCUUCGUCUGGAAGACGGCUUCCCCGCUCAGGGAUGCGCAUGGCGAACACAGUUGUGGGCCCAGCUUACUACCACCUUGGUGUGAUUGACAUUCUGCAGACAUGGACAUAUCAAAAGCGUAUGGAGCGCUUCUUUAAGAUUGCUUUCAGAGGCGUAGACGGAGACGGAUUGUCUGCUAUCUCACCGAAGUUAUAUCAGGCACGUUUCCAGCUCAAGAUGGCUGAUAUUCUUGGUGUCGAAGACCUCGUUAACGGCGACCAUGAUUUGUUCACACAGCAAAACGCACACAUGGAUGUGGACACUCAGCAAGAGGACCAGCAAUUUAAUGUUCACUCGAUUCGAUCACUGGCAUCGUCUGAACUUGUAGCUAUUAAUCCCCUGGACUCGCAUUACAACAGCCGUUCGUCUUUAACCUUGCGACAGCGUAGCACGGAAAACUCACAGUCCGUCGGCCAAGACACUGAGGAGUACACAGGCAUCGAUUACCACUUGUAG